AUGGCAGACGACGAAAACGACGGCGCUAAGAAAGCGGUUUUGGGGCCGUUGGUAGGGGCAGUGGACCAAGGUACCAGCUCAACACGUUUUUUGGUUUUCAAUCCCAAAACAGCUGAAGUACUUAAUUAUCAUCAAGUGCAAAUAAAACAGGAGUUCCCAAAAGAAGGAUGGGUAGAGCAAAACCCAAAGGAAAUCCUGCAGUCUGUGUAUGACUGUAUAGAGAAAACAUGUGAGAAACUUGGACAGCAGAGCAUUGAUUUUUGCAACAUAAAAGCUAUCGGUGUCACCAACCAGCGGGAAACUACUGUAAUCUGGGACAAGCUAACUGGAGAACCUCUUUACAACGCUUUAGUGUGGCUAGACCUAAGGACCCAGUCUACUGUGGAGAAUCUCAACAAAAACAUUUCAGUGAGCAAUAACUUUGUCAAGACCAAGACAGGCCUUCCAAUCAGCACUUACUUCAGUGCAGUGAAACUACACUGGCUCAUUGACAAUGUGAGGAAAGUGCAAAAGGCGAUUGAAGAUGAAAGAGCUCUUUUUGGGACAAUCGACUCCUGGCUUAUCUGGAAUAUGACGGGAGGCAUCAACGGAGGCGUCCACUGUACGGAUGUAACUAAUGCAAGCAGGACCAUGCUUUUCAAUAUCCAUUCUUUGCAGUGGGACCAAGAGCUCUGCGAUUUUUUUGGAAUUCCGAUGACCAUCCUUCCCAGAAUCCGGAGUUCUUCUGAGAUCUAUGGCCUAAUGAAAAGUGGGGUGUUGCAAGGGGUGCCAAUAUCUGGGUGUCUGGGGGACCAGUCUGCUGCUUUGGUGGGACAGCUGUGCCUCCAGGAUGGACAAGCCAAAAACACAUACGGAACGGGCUGUUUCCUACUCUGUAACACAGGCCAGAAGUGCGUCUCUUCUGAACAUGGCCUUCUGACCACGGUGGCGUACAAGCUUGGCAGAGAGGAACCCGUCUACUAUGCGCUCGAAGGUUCUGUAGCUAUAGCCGGUGCUGUUGUUACCUGGAUAAAAGACAAUCUUCAAAUCAUUAAGACUUCGGCGGAAAUUGAAAAGCUGGCUGAAAAAGUGGGCACUUCUUACGGCUGCUACUUCGUUCCAGCCUUUUCAGGGUUAUACGCACCUUACUGGGACCCGAGUGCGCGAGGGAUCAUCUGCGGCCUCACUCAGUUCACCAAUAAGUGCCACAUUGCCUUUGCUGCCUUAGAAGCCGUUUGUUUCCAAACCCGCGAGAUUUUAGACGCCAUGAAUAGUGACUGCGGCAUCCCCCUGAAACACUUGCAGGUAGACGGGGGAAUGACGGCGAACAGGAUUCUCAUGCAAUUGCAGGCAGACAUUCUCUGCAUCCCGGUGAUGAGAGCCUGCAUGCCGGAAACGACCGCCCUGGGAGCCGCGAUGGCCGCAGGGGCCGCGGAAGGAGUCCGCGUGUGGAGUCUGGACCCUCAGGACUUAGCCGUCGUCCAGAUGGAGAAGUUUGAGCCUCAGAUCAAUGCCGAGGAGAGCGAAGUUCGCUACGCCACCUGGAAGAAAGCCGUCAUGAAGUCAGUGGGCUGGGUGCUGACCCAGACCCCCGAGAGCGGCGACCCUGGGAUCUUCGGCAGUCUGACCCUGGGCUUUUACGUAGUGAGCAGCAUGGUGAUCCUAAUCGGCGCGAGGUACAUCUAA